GAAGAGAAGGAUCGAACAUCCUUAAGUAGGACAACGGUCAGCGAACAACCUCCGCUAUAUCUUAUCGACCAUCUCGUACACCAGUCAACACAACUUCAACAGAGUUCAACCCCCUUCGCAGUCGCUUCGUCGUCCGAAACACCACACCAAAGAUGAAACUCUCCGGCAUCCUAUACACGGUGGCACUGACACUCGUCCUAUCGGACACCUCCUACGCCCCAGUCAGCAAGAGCCAUGUCAUAUGUACACACUGUGAAAAAACGGCAGGCUCUGCAAUCAUUGCACCACCAGGUCAGCUGAUUAAAGACCGCUGUGGACACACAAUCACCCCGGGUUUGGUGUGCCAAGAACUGCGUACAAAGAAGUACUCCGAAUGUGAAGAUUGUAAACAGCACAGCCGCGCUAACGCAAGAAAGAGCGCAUCGACUCCGGCAGAGAACUGCGAGCACAAAUGUAAGGAAAAAAUCACUUACUCCCCAGAGACAGGCCUUCCAGAGUACACAGAGUACAUUAAGUCAAGACCCUGAGUGCGCAAAAAUUGAAAGAGAAGAUAAUAAGCCAACAAAAUCAAGCAUGUUCACAAGACCCUAUUCAAAAUAUACAUACUAGUUGUAAGACACAUUUAUCAACAAAUAAUCUUAUAGAAUCUUUCAGAUGUGUACCCUCUACUACAUAACAUAGCCUUGUGAAAAAAUCCUAAACUCCC